AUGUCCCUCAUCUCCUGGCUGCGGUGGCCGGAGGCCCCGCCUCGGCUGUCGUCCCGGAGCCCAGCUGAGAUGGUGCUGGAGACGCUGAUGAUGGAGCUGGCGGGGCAGAUGCGAGAGGCCGAGAGGCAGCAGCGGGAGCGCAGCAACGCGGUCCGGAAGGUGUGCACCGGCGUGGACUACAGCUGGCUGGCCAGCACGCCCCGGCCGGCCUACGACCUCAGCCCCGGUGAGCGGCUGCAACUGGAGGACGUCUGUGCCAAGAUCCACCCAUCCUACUGUGGGCCUGCCAUCCUCAGGUUCCGGCAGCUGGUGGCAGAGCACGAGCCCGAGGUGCAGGAGGUGUCCCGGCUCUUCCGCUCGGUGCUGCAGGAAGUCCUGGAGAGGAUGAAGCAGGAGGAGGAGGCCCACAGGCUGACGCGGCAGUGGAGUCUGCGGCCCCGCGGCGGCCUGGCCACCUUCAAGACCCGCGCGCGCAUCUCCCCGUUCGCCAGCGACAUCCGGACCAUCUCCGAGGACGUGGAGCGGGACACGCAGCCGCCGCCCCGGACCUGGAGCAUGCCCGAGUUCCGGGCGCCUCAAACCGACUGA